UGUGGAAUUUUGUGGGACAAGGGUGCCAAAUGCUGUGCCAGAUUGAAUAUUUCAGAACUGAAAUCGGCAACUUUGUGCUGGUAAUGUGGAUGGAAAGUAGCUGAAUGGUCUUGAGAUAACAAUGUAUUGAAUGGUGGAACAAGAAUGGGACGUUAAUAAACCUGCUGUUAAGAUUUCUGAAGCCACAAGGAGAAGGAAUUUAUUAGACUCACACCCACGGUGAUACAGGAAAGUAAAACCUUUGGGAAUGGAAAGGAUAACAAACUGGAUGAGGUGUUAUGUGUUAGCGGAGAUACAUCAUAGAAGGAAGAAUUGUUGGUUGGGGUGCUUCAUAAAAGCUAAAUACUUGGAACACUGUUGUUACGAAUUCAAACGAACUCCCAUGAUUCAGAAAUUUGGAGCGAGGUGGUGAACUUUGCAGAUGAUACCAAACUAGGAGGGACAGUGACAAACUGAAAGAGAGGGCAUUUGUGUCACUGUGGGAGUAUCCAUACCUCUGAGUCAGGAGGCCUGAUUUCAAGUCCCACCUGCUCCAGAGGCAUGUCUGAACAGGUUGAUUAUAAAAUAUCUGGAACUGAAAGAGGGCGAUUUGAAAUGAGCCCCAGCAACUGUUUGGAAACUGAAGGCAGGGCAGAGAAGAAGCUGCACCCUUAGGCUGUGGUAAUUAGAUCCAAGCUUUCAAGGACUUUGGGACCUAUAUAAAGCUUGUUAUCAGCUCCAAACACAAGUGAAAGCCACGGACUUUUAACCUGAGAGAUUUGAAGAUGGAACAGCACGAGAAUCUGUCUGUAGUGCUCUAUGCAAAAAAUGACCUGAGACUGGAGAAACGUCCCAUUCCAGAACCAGGGCCUAAAGAGGUGCUGCUGAAGAUAGAUUCCGUUGGGAUCUGUGGUUCGGAUGUCCAUUAUUGGCAAACUGGAAGGAUUGGAGAUUUUGUUCUGAAGAAGCCAAUGGUCCUGGGACAUGAGGCUGCAGGGACGAUAUUCAGAGUGGGUUCUGGAGUGCGACAUCUUAAAGCAGGUGAUAGGGUCGCCAUUGAGCCGGGAAUUCCCAGAGAAAUUGACGAGCAUUGCCGAAACGGACGUUACAACCUUUCGCCGACAAUCUUCUUCUCUGCUACUCCUCCUGAUGAUGGGAACCUUUGCCAAUACAAUACCCAUGACGCCAGCUACUGUUACAAGCUCCCUGAAUCCAUUAGCUUUGAAGAAGGUGCUUUGAUUGAACCCCUCUCUGUUGCAAUUCAUGCCUGUCGUAGAGGAGGGGUUACAAUUGGCAGCAAAGUCUUCAUUUUAGGGGCAGGGCCAAUUGGACUCGUGAAUCUGCUGGUUUCCAAGUCCAUGGGAGCAUCUCAGAUUGUGAUCUGUGAUUUAUCACUGAAAAGACUGGAGAAGGCAAAGCAGAUGGGAGCCAGUUUUACCAUUGCAGUCGAGCAGACCAUGACUCCCCAGGAACUGGGUCAGAAAGUGAAGCAGACUCUAGGUGGAGCUAUGCCCGAUAUAUCUAUUGAAUGCACUGGAGCAGAGCUAUGUGUCCAGGGUGGUGUCUUUGCAACCAAGUCUGGAGGGGUGUUGGUCCUUGUUGGGUUGGGGAAACCUUCAGCAAACAUCCCCAUAUUAGAUCUGUUAGUCCGAGAAGUGGAUAUCAGGGGAGUUUUCAGAUAUUGCAACACGUGGCCUGUGGCAAUUGAUAUGUUGGCUUCGAAGAGAAUCAAUGUGAAACCUUUGAUCACUCAUCGCUUUCCCUUGGAAGAGGCUCUUGAAGCGUUUGAAACCACAAAGAAAGGAGUGGGAAUCAAAGUCAUAUUGAAAUGUGACCCGAGCAACAAGAACCCCUGAGAGGGUUGGUUACUGAUGUGCAGCGUGCACCUCCAGUUGUAAUCGUUCGUCAGUACUCCACCAACACUGGAUAAUUGUGCACAUGUAAUUCAUGUGGGCAGAGGCACCUAGCUGUUAGGCUUCGCUCUGCUCAAUAUCCUGUCAAUUUUUUUUGUUUUUCUUUUUGUUCGGUUUUAGCUGCCCUGGAACUCCAGAUGCUGCAACACCUGACAGCUCCAGAUCGAGUAAGGAGCACCCAUUAUUGAAAUGGAAGGUAUAGGUGACGUUAGGAACCAUGUGAGUGGGUUUAACGAUGAUGGUCAAUGUCAAAGGGCCCACAAGAUUAACUUGAAGUCUUUGUUUCAGAAUCCUUGCACUACUUAUCUGUUGUUCCAGUCCCCUGAAAUUUACUAUACUUGAAUUACUGCACUGUGGAAUGUUUGGUUGAAGUAAAUAUCGAGGCUUAUUAAUAUGAUUUACUGAUUGCAGAAGAGCAAUAUAAUGUAGCCAAUUGAAGGAUCAAAAAAUUGAAUAAACAUGUUGCAAAUGAUCUGUA